AUGCGUCAUAGUGAAGAUCCUUCGUUCUUCUAUUCCUUACUACUAGAUACUGAGCAAAUGAUUACGAACAUAUUCUGGUCAGAUUGUAAAAUGAUCAUUGAUUAUGGCCAAUUUAGAGAUGUUAUCAGUUUCGACACAACGUACAAAGUGGUACACGGCAACAGACCAUUUGCAAUUUUCUUGGGUAUGAAUCAUCACCGGGAGACUCCUGUGUUUGGAGUAGCCUUAAUGUAUGAUGAGACAAUGGAUUCGUUUGUCUGGUUAUUUGAAACGUUCUCGAAAGUGAUGGGCGGAAAAGCGCUAAAAAUGAUUAUUACGGAUCAAGAUGCUGCAAAGGCGAAGGUAUUAAAGCAGGUGAAUAACUUUGAUGCAUCUCUAUUCUUAUAUUAUCUCAUGCUGAAAACAAUCGUAUUAUUUCAGUCGUAUUUUUUGGAUUUGCAUGUUUGCAACACGGAAGAACCUACUGUUUCUGUUAAAUGUGUUGAAGGAAUAAAGAAGGUCAUCUUAAAAUUAAUGUUCCAAAUUGAGGAAGAGAAUGAUUUUAUUAAGGAAUGGGAUUUAAUGAUUGCAGAGUAUGGUGUUGCUGGUAAUAAGUGGCUUUCCACUUUGUUAGAUUUAAGACAUAAAUGGGCCCUGGCAUUUGUCAAACACGACUGGUCUGCAGGAAUGAAUAGCACUCAAUUGAGUGAAAGCUUCAAUGGUCAAUUGAAGUAUUACCUUUCCAGACAACUUAUUCUACCAGAAUUCUUCACACACUUUGACAUAUUGUUGUCCGACAAGCGAUACAAGGAGUAUGAAACUGAGUAUGGUUUGGUGGAGAGGCAACCGGAACUAAAAACAAGGUGCCACAUAUUACGUCAAGGGGGGAAGGUGUACACCAAGGCAAUAUUUCAGCUUUUCUAG